CAAGAGGAAAUAAAGAAAAACAUUGAGUUGGGUGCAGCGAGCAAAUUGCUGUGACUGCGCCGGGAAAGCAUCUCGGCGACGUAGCGCGAGGUUUACUGCAGCAAUCAAAAGGCAUUAUCGCGUCGGAAAUGAAAUUGCAUCCGCGAGUGAGACGUGCCGGGGCCGCGCGGUGACGACACCGUUUUAAAAUUUAUCUGGCGUCGCGCUGAUUGCAGCCGGUUCAUCAGCGGCCUAUUUACUUUGGCCAUUAGGCUGCGUGUGCGGCUGGCGCGCGUUGUGCGGGCUGCGUGGCGUGGCGCCGAGGGUGUGCGGGCGGCGCAGCCCAAGCAGCAGCGGCGGCGGCGGCGGCGGCGCCCACACAACCUGCCAGCCAGCCAGCCAGCCACACAACAGCAGUCCCCAGUUGCUUUCGGGCCGCUCGAGCUGCUGCACCGGCUGCACGUCCCUCAGGCCGCCAGCCUCUUGCUCCCAAAGUGCGUCCGUCGCUCGGGAUCGCCGUCGCCGCGACUCCAAAUGGAAUGAAAACCAACUCCUUGAAAAAGUGAUGCAUGGACGUGAACGACUUCCUCCGUGGCUUCCGCUGCUGGAGCUAACACCGCUUCUGCCAGGGGUCGCCGCCACCGCCGCCGCUGCCGCCGCCAGCACCGCCUCCGCCGUUGUUGUUGCUGCUGAUGUGCUCGUCGCUCAUGGCGACACAAGGUGACGAGAUUCCAGCAGUCGAGGCAGCCGCGAAGUCGUCAGAACAGAGCAACGCGUCGCCCCGAUCGUCGCAUUCGGCGCCGCCAACGACCGCCGUCUCGGUCGAGGAGGAGGAGCAGGACGCUGUGGCACCGAGCAGCAACGCCAACGCCAGCACCACGCGGCUCAACUCGCACCAGCAAGAUGGAGAGGCGCAAGAGAAGCUGCAGCGGAAGCCGUCGGUGCUGCAGAAAGCGGGUCGGUGGGUGCGUUCGCGGCUGGGCCGGCCCCUGGCCGACGGCGACCUGGAGGCCGACGGCGUCAGCGGCCCCGCCGAAGACGCUGACUACUUCCUCGAGAAGCUGGCCCUGGGGGCGUCGACCCAGGCGAUGGAGGGCGGCGUUAUUUCCCGGGGGCGCUGCCACUGCUGCGGGGGCGGCCGUGUGACCUGCUGCCCCCCUGCCAUCGACCCCUCUAAGCCGUUUCAUUACCAGUGGUUGAUAGUGGUGACGAUCGCCGUGCUGUACAACAUGGUGUUCGUGGUGGGGCGCGCCGUCUUCUGGGAGCUGGACAACGCGACGCCGUACCUGUGGUUCGCGCUGGACUACCUGUGCGACGCCAUCUACCUGGCCGACAUGGUGGUGCACGCCCACGAGGGAUACCUCGAGCAGGGACUCAUGGUCAGAGACACGCGCCUCCUCAGAAAAAACUAUUUCCAGUCGUUCAGAUUCAAGAUGGACACGGUGAGCGUGCUGCCGACCGACCUGUUGUACGUGGUGCUGCUGCGGUCGGCCGUGGGGCCGUCGUCGGGCGAUGCGGCCGCCGCCUCAAACUCAAGUGACCUUCUCAGCGGCAACCAGGUCGCCGGCAGUCCGACGCCGUUCCGGCCUUGCGGCGCCGGCCCCCAUGUGCCCUGCCCGGUGAUUGUGCGGAUCAACAGACUGAUGCGCAUCCCGCGGCUGCUCGAGUUCUUCGACCGCACAGAGACCAGGACCAGUUACCCCAACGUCUGCAGAAUUCUCAAGGUGGUGCUUUUCAUUCUGCUCAUCAUCCACUGGAACGCGUGCAUUUACUUCGCCAUCAGCUACGCGGUGGGAUUUGGCACCGACCACUGGGUCUACAACAUCACAGGGGCCAGGAACUCGUCUCUCUCGCGGCAGUACAUCUACAGUUUCUACUGGUCCACGCUGACGCUGACCACGAUCGGCGAGACGCCGCAGCCGGAAACGGAUGCCGAGUAUCUCUUUGUGGUGAUCGACUUCCUGGCCGGCGUUUUGAUUUUCGCCACCAUCGUCGGCAACAUCGGCAGCAUGAUCACCAACAUGAACGCGGCCAGGGUCGAGUUCCAGAACAGGAUGGACGGCAUCAAGCAGUACAUGGCAUUCAGGCGGGUGUCGCCGGUUUUGGCCUCGAGGGUGAUUCGCUGGUUCGACUACCUCUGGGCCAACAAGCAGGCCUUGGACGAAGGCCGCGUGCUGUCUGCGCUGCCGGACCCGCUGAAGGCCGAACUGGCCAUCCACGUGCACCUGGAUGCGCUGCGCCGCGUGCGUCUCUUCCAGGACUGCGAGCCCGGCCUGCUGGUCGAGCUGGUGCUCAGGCUGACCCUGCAGGUCUUCAGCCCCGGCGACUACGUGUGCAGAAAGGGCGACGUCGGCAAGGAGAUGUACAUCGUCAAGAGGGGACGGCUCAUCGUCGUCGCCGACGACGGCAGGACCGCCUUCGCCACCCUCGGCGCGGGGAGCGUCUUCGGAGAGGUGAGCAUCCUGAACAUUCCGGGCAACCGCACAGGCAACCGCAGGACGGCUAACGUGCGUAGCGUCGGUUACUCUGACGUUUUCUGCCUGGCCAAGGCGGAUCUGUGGCGUGCCCUGGAGGACUACCCUGAGGCGCGGAGGAGUCUGCUGGAGCGCGGCUGCCAACUUCUACGCAAAGACGGCUUGCUUGAUGAGGACGAACUGAAGAAGGCCGAGGCGGAGAACGAGUCCAUCAAAGACAAAGUCAAGAGAUUAGAGGAGCAAAUGGGGAAGAUCCAAAAAUACGUGCACCACCUUCAAAUGGAGAACGAUGCGCACAAGGCCGUCAUCAGCCAGCUGCAAAAUGGCAAUACGGAGCGGAGGAGCAGCGGCGACUGCGAGAUUGUGCCGUGCGUGGUGGUGAACUCGUCGGAGCAGGAGCAGUGCCUGGAGGACUCGACUUCGGAAUCCGAGGAGGAAACCACGGUCGUGGAGAACCCCAAAGGGGCUUGAUCAUCCAAAUUUUGUGAUAUGCGCGCCAGAGGACGCGUGGACCAGAAGUAUUGGAAGCUGCUGGCAGUGACGUCACCAAUUAUCGUAGUUUGGAGCGAUGAGCAGCGUAAACCGCAGCGAGAGAAACGAAAUAUUGACUCCCGAGAGUGCAUGGAGCAGUGUGACUUUUGUAUGCGCGGGAUUUGUUUCAUUCAAAACGCACUUGUGUUAAUUGUUCAUCGUUGUUACUGUUGUUUGAUGAAAUUAUAUUGUGAAACAAACAAACAAAACUUGCACGCUGGGAAAAUGGUGGACUAAUAAAUUUGUAAAGUGUGAAAAACACGCACACCAAUUAAAAGAA